UGAGUCCUCGCUCAUAUAACUGAAGUUUAGAGUUGACUCUGAUUUAAACUAUCCUCGAACGGUCUUCUUCGCUCCUCACCACUAGCGCACUGGACCAGUGAGACGCACAGGAAAGGAGGCAGUUCUGUGGGCAUUUUGUACAGCCGCGAACCUCAGAUAUACGAUUAAGAAAAUAUUAAUACUAACAGAAAUCUUGAGGAAAGAGCAGAGCGAUCACGAAUCGAGAGUUCUUUACCUAAUUUAACCGCAAGCCUAUAAUAAAUACGCUUGUCCACUAAACUUUUGAUGCUUUCAAUUGCGCGCUUUAAAUGUUUUCUUAAUAAUUUCGAGCAAAAAGCAAAUUUAUGAUGACAAUGCAAAUUAGCGACAGUAUAGGAUAGGUUACAAAGUUACUGUUGCCGCUGUCAAAUGAUCUUGUAAUCAUAUUAUUCGAUGGAACCUCACGUUAAAGGUUUAACGGUAAUUGGGAUUAUCAUAUUACCAAUUUAACAUUUUCUUCAACUUGCAUUUGACAUACCGCACAUGUCAAAAUGCCAUGAGCAUUUUCUUUUGUGGUCGUGACUUGAUUUAUAGAUAACUUAUUUAACAAACGAAAUUCGAAGUAGACCCUGACAUUGGAGGAAUGAAAUUAUGACCUAGUCCAAGUAGGCUAAUUAUUAUUCAACGCGGACAAGUUUAUCAUGACUUCGAUUUCAGUUGGCUAAAUCUCCAACGUAGAUAUGGGCUCACUGUUAAAUAGGUGAUUUAAACUGUAUUCCGUUGUAUUUAAUAGGCCUACUUCUAUCGGUAGGCCUAUAUUGGCUAACCAUGUUAGGGAGCCCAUCAAAUAACGGUGGCAUUAGAAUGUUGGUGCCCCCCGCAUCCAACGACGAAAGGCGGGUUGAAUUUGUGGCUCUUACCGCAGUUCAUAUGGAGAGGAGCGAACCGUCGACCCCGGAGCGCGCGCACCCUUCUCACCGCACCGGGCUCCUCGGUACCCCGCUGCCGGGGCGUCCUGGACCACGGGCGACCACCUCAGCCUCCAGCAAGCGCUACAGAAAGUUUCAGAACUUCUUGUACAACGUACUGGAGAGACCACGAGGAUGGGCAUUCAUCUACCAUGCGUUCAUUUUCCUGCUGGUGUUCAGCUGUCUGGUGCUGUCUGUGUUCUCCACCAUCCCAGGCAAUCAAAAGAUAGCCAACGAAGGACUCUUCAUCCUGGAGUUUGUGAUGAUCGUGGUGUUUGGUCUGGAAUACGUUGUCUGUUCUGCUGUCCUACAGAGGACAAACUUCAUAGUGUUUGUGGUGUCCUUGGCGGUGAUCGCAGCGGGCACCCAGGGGAACGUCUUUGCCACCUCUGCCCUGCGCAGCAUGCGGUUCCUCCAGAUCCUCCGGAUGGUACGCAUGGACAGACGAGGAGGCACCUGGAAACUACUGGGCUCUGUGGUCUACGCCCACAGCAAGGAGCUGAUUACAGCGUGGUACAUUGGUUUCCUGGUCCUGAUCUUUGCCUCCUUCCUGGUCUACCUGGCAGAGAAAGACGUCAACACAGAGUUCAACACCUAUGCAGACUCCCUCUGGUGGGGAACGAUCACUCUCACCACCAUCGGCUACGGUGACAAGACACCCCGCACCUGGUUGGGGAGACUUUUGGCUGCCGGCUUCGCUCUCCUGGGCGUGUCCUUCUUCGCCCUUCCUGCCGGUAUCCUGGGGUCAGGCUUUGCCCUGAAGGUGCAGGAGCAGCACAGACAGAAGCACUUUGAGAAGAGGAGGACUCCUGCUGCCAGCCUUAUACAGGCUGCGUGGCGUCUGUACUCUACUGAUGCUCAGCACUCCUACCUGACAGCCACAUGGUACUUCUAUGACAGCAUGCUUCCAUCCUUCAGAGAACUGACGCUACUGUUCAGUCACCUUCAGCGACGGCGUAGCGCCAAGAAGGUCCUUCACAACUCCCACCACACCCUGCUGUCUGGGCUACGGCCCUACAGCUCCCCCUACCUGUCGGGGGACAGCAGCAGCAAAAUAGGUUUUCGAGACCGGAUGCGGAUGAACAACUCUCGGUCGUCCCAGGCGAUCCGGAACAAGGCGUCUCCACUGCCUCCCGGGACGAGUUUCCGCCAGUCGCCCAGCACGGAGAAUGUCCCAGAAGCCACCAGUCCCGGGAAGGUGCAGAAGAGCUGGAGCUUCAACGACCGCACACGGUUCCGCACCUCCCUGCGGCUCAAACCCAGACCUCCUGCAGACGUGGAAGGAGUAGGGGAGGACAGUGUUGAAGACAAACCAUAUUGUGAUGUAGCCAUGGAAGAGGUGAUCCCAGCAGUGAAGACCUUGAUACGGGCUGUUAGGAUUCUGAAGUUCCUGGUGGCCAAGAGGAAGUUUAAGGAGACUCUGCGUCCGUACGACGUGAAGGACGUCAUAGAGCAGUACUCUGCUGGACACCUGGACAUGCUGGGGAGGAUCAAGAGUCUACAGACCAGAGUUGAUCAGAUAGUGGGUCGGGGAUCGUCCUACCAGCCAGAUAAUAAGAAGGUGAGGAGUGAGAAGGGAGAGAAGACCCCUCCAGAACUGGACCUUCUGGACGAGCUCAGUAUGAUGGGACGGGUCAUUAAGGUGGAGAAACAGGUGCAGUCGAUAGAGAACAAGCUGGACCUCCUUCUUAACUUCUACACCCAGUGUCUGAAGAAAGGCUCCUCCAACUUCACCCUGUCCUCCCUGUUGGAACCAGACCUGACGUCAGACUACCACAGCCCCAUGGACCACCGUGACCUCUUCCCCUCUGCCAACACACUCAACAUCUCCCACUCAGAGUCCAGCAAUAUGGAGUGA